AUAGCACUAGCUUUCAUUUCUUUGAAUCAUAAUCAUUUUCAUCUUUUAUUUAAGUGUUACAUGUUUAUAUUACUCAUUUCGCAUUAGAUUCACAUCUUUGUAGUAACUAUCGCUUGCAUAGUUAAAAGUACCUAGUUGCGCAUCGGCGACCGUCCAAAGGUCAGUCGCUGCGAACAAAAGGCGGACCGUAUUUCUUGGAAUUUGCAUAGAAACUAUUUUACUAUCGCUUAUUGCGCAUAUUUGUAUUUAUUUCUUUUCAAUUCGCACUGUCGCAAUUUGUUACGUAUUAAUUUAAUUUUAAAUUUAGUUGAUUACUUUCUCUUUCUUGCAAUAAUGGCUGAUGAGUUUAAAUUGAUUAAAAAACGUAGCAGCUUGAAAGCUAAGCUUACUACAUUUACCAAUUAUUUGGACAUAGUUAGCAGUUGCCAAUCAUUGUCGGAACUACAGCGCUUAGAGUUACAAAGCCGAUUUGCUAAAAUUGAUGCCUUAUACGAGGACUUUGAUAAUUUGCAGACAGAAAUUGAGUCAUUAGAUACAUCGGUGGCUAAGGUCGAGGAGACCUACGUUGCUCGCCAACAGUUUGAGGACUUGUACCAUCCGCUAGUGGCGCGGGCGCGUAGUUUACUGGCCAGCGUUGCGCCUAGCGAACAGAUCUUCGAAUGUGCAGUUUCAGGCGGCGCAGCAUCGAUGCAAGCUUUGGUGAGAGUGGUGAGCAACAGCGGCGAGCGGCACGACGCCCGUGUUCUUUUGGACAACGGUAGUACAGCCAACUUCGUCACUCACAGUCUAUGUAACAAGCUGGGUAUGUCGCGGCGUAGUACGAGCUCCACGGUGACAGCAGUGAAAGCUGUUCAUCUGGAGCUGGUUACAGACCUCACGAAAGAAUCAUAUAUGGCAGCUCUAAACCGUUUCGUAUCUCGUAGAGGUAAACCGCGCAAUAUCUUAUCUGACAACGGUACCAAUUUUGUCGGUACUAGUAAUGAGUUACAAAGAUUUUUACAUAGUUCAAAUGUCGCUUCAGAUAUGGUUCAAGAAGGUAUACAAUUUUCCUUUGCUCCGCCAUACUCGCCUCAUUUCAAUGGUCUGGCUGAAGCAGUUGUUCGUUCUACGAAACAUCAUCUAAAAAGGUUACUUAAACUUACUCAUCUUACAUAUUAGGAAAUGUCUACAUGUCUCACUCAAAUAGAGGCAAUACUCAAUUCCCGUCCUCUUACGCCGCUAUCCUCUGACCCUUGUGAUUACUCUGCCCUUACUCCUGCUCACCUACUAAUUGGACGACCACUUACAUCUAUUCCGCAUCCACAGGUGGCCGACGUCAACAUCACUAGAUUGGACCGCUAUCACAGAAUAGAACAUAUUAAGCAGCACUUCUGGCGUCGUUUUAAUAUAGAAUAUGUUUCUAUGCUGCAGCAGAAAACAAAGUGGUCCACUUCCUCAGGCAACUUGGUGCUGGGGACUCUGGUCCUUAUUAAGGACAAACUGCUGCCACCUCUUCUAUGGUCGCUGGGUCGUGUCGUCCAGGUCUACCCAGGCAGCGACGGUGUCACGAGGGUCGUCGAGGUGAAAACCAAGAACGGGACUAUUCGUCGCGCCUUCAACAACGUGUGCCCACUUCCACUUCAUUGAAGACUACUCUUCAACCCGGGCAGUAUGUCUACGCACUCAACGCACCGCUCCGCGGGCUGCGGGGGCGGUGCUGCGCAUCGGCAACUGCGGCCGGUGGCGGACACCGGCACUUCUUGUCCGACCGGCAUCGACACUUACCGGCUUACAAAUAAUCCCUCCAUUCUAAAUUUUAUCUGAAUCUGUCCGUUGUUCAUAACAGUUUUUAUAUUAAACCU